GCGCUCUGCAAUUCUCUCCCGGGAUCUGAUUUCCGGAGAGAGGCUUUUCAAACGAGUCCCCAAGCAAAGGGACCUCCCUGCUGAUCGUAUUAAGGCCUCCUUCCACAGCAAAGUUUAAGCCAGGAAAUAUCCCAGUAAUGGAUCCGUUUUUGGAUCUGCUGAAUUCCAUUUCGAGGAGCAUUUCUCCAGAGGAGCUUUCCAAUGUCAAAUUUCUUUGCCGGGAUCACAUUGGUAAAAGAAAGCUCCAGGCUGUGAAAAGCGGCAAUGAGCUCUUCGGCAUUCUCCUGGAACAGGAAAUAAUUACACAGAACAAAGUAGAAUUCUUAAAGUACAUGCUCAAAAGCCUGAAAAGAGAAGAUCUACUAACUUUGGUCGGCCGGUUUGAGGAAGGUGCAAGUGGUGAUCGGGAUAAUCAGCUGGAUAGUCAAGAAAAACGUAAGCUGGACAGAGCUUUUGAAAUUGUAUGUGAAAAUGUUGGAAAAAACUGGAGAAUGCUGGUUCGAAAACUUGGCAUUUCAGAAGCCAAAAUAGAUAGAAUCAUAACUGCCAAUCCAUGCAACUUGCAUGAACAACUGAUGCAAUCACUUCUAGAGUGGCGGAAAUCAAAAGGGAAGGAAGCAAAGGCCGACGAUGUAAUAAAAGCCCUCAGGGACUGUCAUAUGAACCUAGCGGCAGACUAUGUUGAAGAAGGUUUGCAACUGGAAAUUUGAAACUCAGUAAAAUCAGUGGAAACAGAUUGUUACUAUGACAUUAAAUUGAACAUUCGCAUAAAAAAUUAGCUGUCAUGGAAAUGUGGUGCCUUUGGCUGCAACAGACAAACUUGAAGAACUGCACUUGCACUUAAACUUGCUUAUAAACUUGCUUGGUUCUUUAAGUUCAGUGGAAUUCAAGGCUUAAGUGACUUCUUGCUCAGUGCUUUGCUUGAAGACUGAUUUAUGAGGCAAUCAGAGAGUGCCAGCAAGCUGGGGGUCAGCUUAUGCUAUCAUAAUGUAGUCAGAAAGCUGAAGAAAAAGCACAGGCCCUCCAAAACACACAACUAACACACAGCUGCUCCCCCAACCUCCAGAGCAGGGGUGGUGAAACCUCCGUCUCCCACUCCCAGAAGGCCAACUUUAACAGGUGUGCAUCAGUCACCUGAUGUCAUAGUGAUGGCAGAUGAUAACACCUGUCAAAGUUCAAAGGACGUUGCUGGAACCACCAAUGUGCCGUUCAAUGAUUAUAGCAACCUUCUUUGAAGAUGAGCUUUUAGUGCCUAUUAAUUGAAUUCCAGAGCAAUAUCACAAACUCUUGCCAAUCAGGGAGCAGCUUGCCCUCACCGCUCCCACAUCAGUGUGGCAUGUAAGGAGCCAAGCUAUGCACAGCAAUAGGAAAACGCACCUAUGACAUCACCUUAUCCCACCACAUACAACCUGUGAGACACAAAGAUACUGUGGAGCUCAUAUUAUGUAGAUCACCUAGGCCUCUUGUAUAAGAGAUGCUAGGUUGAACCCUGGAUGUGACCUCUCACUAGACACAGCUGAGAGCAGUCCAAACAGGCACUCUUAAAAGAAUACGGUGGCAACCAAUCAGAAAGUACUGCAUGGGCUGACAGCCCAGUCAAUUAUCUUCCUGUCACAUGAUCCAGGUUCCUUUUCCACCAGCCACUCCAUUUUCCAUCAACCAUUUCCCCUCCCCAACUCAUUUGCUUCAUUAUCCAUGCUUAUGGGUUAUUACCCUAGCAAACCUUAUUACCCCUCCACCUCUUUCCCCAUGCCAUGGCAUUCACCACAGUUUUAGUGACCAGGCCACCCCUGAGUGUCCCAUCCCUUUACCCUAGUUCAGGGGUAGCCAAUGUAGUAACUACCUGAUGUUGGAUUUCAAUUCCAAUUGGGUGCUGCCUGCCCUGGGCCCCCAGCAUCAUACUCUCCAACACCUCCUCCUGAUACAGGCAUCAUAGGGCUUAAAUAGGCCUGCCUGCCCCACCUACUUCCUGUGUCAGCAUGUAUGCCCUGUGUGAUGCAAAUGUCUACCAUCAUCCAAGAAGUCAACCCCUUAGGGAUGCCCACGCUGCCUUCUUGGGUGAUGGCAGGCAUGCCCGCACAGUGUGUAAGGCAUGCACACUGACAUGCUGACAUGCCAAAUAGAUGGGGUUGCAGGGCUUAUUUAAGCCUGCGAUGCCUGUAGUGUGUGUGCUGCCUGGAAGCACCCUGCAAUCCAUGGCAGCGUUAGGUCACCGGGUCCUGCAACCCAAUACUAGCGUGUAGUGGGAGCUCCACUCUCCCAUCCUAAGGAGGGGUCCUCGGCCAGGCCCUUACCUGGCACUGGGCCUGUCAGGGAUAAUGUGAAUUGUAGUCCAACAACAUCUGGAGGGCCACAGGUUCCACAUCUGUGCCAUAGUAUCUCCUGCUCUUGUCCCAGUGUGCCACAAACCCUUAUUGCCUGUGCCAUUUGUUGCAUCUGCCACAGCUUCGCUACCCAGGUGACCUUAUAAUUUUUUGUGGGUAGGGGUGAUUGCUUCCAUUAACAGAGUUCCACUAUAUUACACUUGCUGUUUCUGUAUACAUUGAAAAACAGGUAGUUAAUAGGACUGUUCAGGGUUUGGGGUGGACCACACAUGCAGUAACAUAAAGGGGACCACAUGUGCUAGCCUCGCCACCAAUGUUGAUUUGCUCUCAGCCAUGCCCGUCUUGCAGCCACAGAUAUAGGGUGGUAUUCAAUGCUAAUCCUGCUCAGAAUAGACCCACUGAAAAUAGACAUAGAAUAGUAUAGUUGGAAGGGGCCUAUAAGGCCAUCGAGUUCAACCCCCUGCUCCAUGGAGGAAUCCUUAAAGCACAUCCAACAGAUAAGGAUAAAUAUGUUCUAGUCUUGAAGGUGUGGAUUGGGAGACAGUUCAUUUUGGAAUUCAUAGAAACUGAAUGAAGCAAGCAUCCCUGAAUCCAGCCAAGAAAUUCUUAGGUUCUUCAAUGUUCAUCAUACAUGUUUGAGAACAGUCUAACCAUUGAAUAAUAAAGUUCCAUUUGGCCCAUUA